AUGAUCGCUGGUUCCAUCUACAGACUUAAUAAGUUUUAUGGAUCUAAAAGCAAGAUUGUGUACCGGGUUGCUGAACCAGACGUGACCAUUGCUUUCUCAUCGAAUUAUGUCCUCUCUGAUCUCGAAGACAGUCCGGUUCAGAUUCCUGAAGAUCGGUUCCGCUUUUAUGGAUAUGAAGAAUUUGAAGCGGCAUGUGACCUUAAGGGGGAUCUUUACGAUUAUGUUGGUCACAUGAAACUGGUGAAUGGGCAGACUCUGAAUGAUAGUCUUGUGCUUGAUGAAGUCGAGAUAGCUUCUACAAGGCGAAUUUUGGUUCAUGUUCAAACACAUGAUGGUCAUGUGAUGAAACUCUAUCUAUGGGACAAGGCUGCCACUGACUUUUGUGAGAAGUUUAAGGCGCAUGGAAACACUUCGAGCGUGCUAGCUCUAUCCUCUCUGUCAUCUUCGCGUUUGUUCUUUGACAUGGAUGUUCAACCAACCAGGGAUUAUUUGACUUGGUUGAGCUCAAACUCGGAUGUUGCUAACAGGGUUAGUUCCGAAAUUGUCACCAAGGCUGAGACAGUUACUAUAGGAGAAUUAUUCUCCUACAUCAAGCAAGAAGGGGCAAAGGUUGCUUGGUUUGAGUGCACAGCCACCAUUGAUGUUGUGCAUGGUUCAGCGUGGUAUUAUAUCGCCUGCGGUGGGUGCAAAACUAAGGCAACCAAAGGGCCUACCAUGCUUAUGUGUAAGAAAUGUGGAACGGCUGAAGUUGCUGGUGUUGCACAGUAUCUCACAAAGCUCUCUGUAUAUGAUAACGAUGAUCAAGCGUUUUUUGUGCUUAUCGGUGACGCUGGGCGUGAGUUGACUGGGAAACCAACAUCGGAAUUGGUUGAGAGCUACUUUGAGGCCAAUGAGAACGUAGGAGAUGAUCAUGUAAUCCCGGUGCCACAAGCUCUGAUUGGUACCAAUGGCCAAACUCACAAGUUCAUUGUCAAGGUUUCAAAACAUAAUUUGGAAGGCAAGACCCAAGCUUUGACUGUCACAACGAUGGGUAAUCGUGAGGAUGUUCCUUCCAUUGAGAAUGAGGAAGCUGUAGAUGAAGUGGGGAAACGGGGUUCUGAUGGGAUUGAAUCAGGAGAAGCUAAGCGUGCCAAAUGUGGCUAA